AUGGAAAUAGAAAACAAUAAUAAAGAAAGUUUUAAUGAGAAUUUGGCUUUUAAAUAAUUAAUUUAAAAAACAGAAGAAGAUUAUAGAAGAGAAGAAUUUUAAAGAAGUAAUAGUAGAUAUUUACAAUACAUAAAUUAAAAAAAAUAAAGUUUAAAAUAAAAACAUCAUAAUCCUAUUCCUGAUAUAGAAUGGUGGGAUUUAGUUCUUUUUGAUAAAAAUAGAAGAUAUUAUCUUCCUUUAGAUAAUAAUAAAAUCACGAAUUUAAUCGAACACCCAAAGCCUUUUAAAAAUGAAGGCUUACCUAAUUAAAAUCAAAAUGUUGUGAUCCCUAUAUAUUUAACUAGAGAAGAAAGGAAAAAACUAAGAAGAAGACACCGAAUGGAAAAAGAAAAAGAAAAACAAGACAAAAUUAAAUUAGGAUUAAUAGAACCUCCUCCUCCUAAAAUUAAACUCUCAAACAUGAUGAGAGUUCUAACAAACGAAACAGUUGCAGAUCCUACUAAAAUGGAACAAUUAGUCAGAUAAGGCGUAUCUGAAAGACUCUAAGCACACUUGAAGAGAAACCAACAAAGGUAGUUAACUAAAGAAUAGAAAGCAGAUAAAUUUCUUAGAAAACUUAAACGUGAUUCUGGUAUUGAGUGUAGAGUGGCAUUAUUUAGGAUAGAAAGCUUAACAGAUAGGGUACAUAAGUUUAAAGUUGAUAUUAAUGCCUAACAAUUAUAAUUACAUGGGCUUUUGGUUACCCCCGUAGCUACUUAGGAUGGAAGAAAUUAAAAUAAUAUGCCUACUAUUAUUAUUGUUGAGGGAGGACCGAAAGCUAUUAAGUUUUACAAAAAAUUACUUUUGAGAAGAAUUAAAUGGAACAAAAGUAGUUAUUUGGAUAAGGAUGAAAAUGGAAAUCCUUUGCCUUUACCUGAAUUAUAGAAUAAUAAAUGCGCUUUGGUGUGGGAAGGGGUCGUUAAAGAUCACUCGUUUAAUAAAUGGAAAGCUAUGGAAACUGAUAGUGAAGUAGAAGCUAAAAGAGCUUUUGUGGAAAAGAACGUGGAGUUUUAUUUUGAUAUGGCUAUUAAUUAUUAAUAUCCUGAAUGA